CUUUGCCUUCUCGAGCAGCGGCAUGCAUAGCAUAUUUUGAUUGAUCUGAAGCCAUACUGAAUUCCUGUAGAUGGUUCUUGGUAUGAAGAUAGGAUCGGUUUAAGGUUGGCUGUGUAAGUGGUACGGGGUAGGCGUAUAAGAAUUAUGUACUUGAUGUCGUAUACUAAUGGUUACCUAAAGCUGGCCUAGUCAGCUCUUCGGAAUCGAGCUAGGCAAACAGUCAAUAAGACCAAUAAAUCGUAUCGAAUCACUCCUUGCAGUAUAAUUAGACAAUCUGAAUGAAAAUGAUUCCUCUUAGUUGCCUUAGGUAUACUGGUAUGAGAUGCUUGAGUAUAAAUUAUGAAGAAGUUAACACUUGUAGUACCAUAUCGAAGCUACCAUAUUAUCGGGGUACCUGAAUUAAAUGUACCUUGGUAGCUUUAGCUAAAUCUUCAAAUUCCAUCAUCAUAACCAACCUUUGCCAUCGGCGCGACUUGUUUCCCAACCUAAUUAAUACAAAAGCAGUCAGCACCAUGGAAGUCGUACAACCGGACUUAAAUAAUCUCAUACGAGAAAACGCCCGACGGACGAAAUCACUAUUCGCAGACCCGUCAGGAGGCUCCGCGCGAAAGAGAGUAAAGUUAACCGACGACGCGAUCGAAUCGAAACGCGAAAAAGAUGCUCUAUCCAUCCGUUUACGCACCGAAUAUCAAGAUGUCAUCGAACUACCCCCAGCAUUAGCACAGAAACAAGCGAGCGCGAUGAGUGCACGAAAGAAGGGAAAGAGGCCAGCUACUAACGAACCCACGACCACACCCGAAGACCAGAAGACACAAAAGUUGAUCGAAGGCAUCGCGGAAUCUUCGACCAGCAAAGCGAACGGCCAUUCCAAUGCUUUAGUCCAUCUACGAAAACCGCCGUCGAUGUCGCAAGCUUCAGAUAACAAACCGUCACAAGCCUUAUCGGUCGCCAGGGCACAGGCGGCGCAUCAAGUCAAGCCCGACUGGCACCCUCCUUGGAAGCUCAUGAGAGUCAUCUCAGGGCAUCUAGGUUGGGUAAGAGCCUUGGCUGUCGAGCCUCAUAAUCAAUGGUUUGCUAGUGGUGCUGGUGACCGCACCAUCAAAAUAUGGGAUCUAGCGACCGGCAACCUGCGACUGACCUUAACUGGCCACAUCUCCACCGUGCGUGGCCUCGCCGUAUCCCCUCGACACCCAUACCUAUUCUCCUGCGGUGAAGAUAAGAUGGUAAAGUGCUGGGAUUUAGAAACAAACAAGGUCAUCCGACACUACCACGGUCACCUCAGCGGUGUAUACACAUUAUCACUGCACCCCACGCUAGACGUUCUGGUGACAGGUGGACGAGAUGGUGUUGCGAGAGUCUGGGACAUGCGAACGCGUAGCAACAUCCACGUAUUAUCCGGCCAUAAGGGCACUGUCGCCGAUCUCAAGUGUCAAGAAUCCGACCCGCAAGUCAUUACCGCAUCACUCGAUUCGACUGUCCGAUUAUGGGAUUUAGCGGCAGGCAAGACGAUGGGUGUGCUUACACACCACAAAAAGGGAGUCCGCGCACUAGCCUUACACCCGUCCGAAUUCACCUUCGCAACGGGUAGCACAGGAAGCAUUAAGCAAUGGAAGUAUCCCGAAGGCGCCUUCAUGGGCAACUUCGACGGACACAACGCUAUCAUCAACUCUCUCGCCGCCAACGAAGACGUCCUAUUUUCCGGUGGUGAUAACGGGUCUAUGAGUUUCUGGGACUGGAAGUCAGGACACCGUUUCCAAUCACUUGAUUCCAUUGCCCAGCCUGGUUCCCUGGAUGCUGAAGCUGGUAUCAUGAGUUCGACUUUCGAUCGCACGGGUAUGCGUCUGAUUGUUGGUGAGGCGGAUAAGACGAUCAAGAUCUGGAAGCCGGACGAGAAGGCGACGCCCGAGACACAUCCAUUGGAAUGGAAACCCACUUUAGGAAGACAGAAGUAUUAAUUAAGAGGGAAAGGGAAAAUUAAACAUUGUAUAAUCGCAGAUAGAGAAGUCUAAUUGCAUCCUUCU